GCCACAGGGAGAAUGGGUAACAUGGCAACAGAGAUCGUUGCAUUUAUUCUGACCAUCUCAGGGUGGAUCCUGGUGUCGUCCACUCUGCCUACAGACUACUGGAAGGUGUCCUCUGUAGACGGGACAGUCAUCACCACAGCGACCUUCUGGUCCAACCUAUGGAAAACGUGUGUGACUGAUUCCACCGGUGUGUCCAACUGCAAGGACUUUCCCUCGAUGCUGGCUCUGGAUGCCUAUAUCCAGGUGUGUCGGGGUCUGAUGAUCGCCUCCGUUUGUCUGGGGUUCUUUGGUGCCAUCUUGGCCUUGGUAGGAAUGAAGUGCACGAAAAUAGGAGGCUCGGAGACCACCAAGGCUCGUCUGACUGUCCUCUCAGGCUUCCACUUCAUCCUCAGCGGCCUCUGCUGCAUGACUGCAUGUUCCAUAUAUGCUCACAGGAUCACAACUGACUUCUUUGACCCCCUCUUUGUUGCCCAAAAGUUUGAGCUAGGAGCAGCUCUCUUCAUCGGCUGGGCUGGAUCGGUGCUGUGUAUCCUCGGAGGACUUGUCUUCUGUCUCUCCUUGUCUGAAGGCUUCAGUCUCAGAGCUGAAUACUCCUACUCCGCAGCUGCAUCACUUGCUACAGCACGCAACAAGCACAGCAAGAUCGUCAGCCUCCAGAAGGAACCAGGAGAGCCGCCGAGGCAGUUUGGAAGAAACGCCUAUGUGUGA